AUGAAGACACCCCUUCUUGCCCUUGCGUGGCUUCACUGCCUCUGGCCGGGAGUGGACGCAUCCGUCUUCCGGGUCGCCAACCCCAACGUCACAAGUGCUCUGAACCCCAAGGUGCGCCCACGAGACGACGACCCAAGUGACUUUGGCUGGGUGAAACGGUGGGCGGCCGUGGGCGACAGUUUUACGGCAGGCAUCGGUUCCGGUUCACCCAUCGGCAACCCUCUCACGGAGAGUCCGUACCAAAAUGACUGGUACUGUGCUCGGUACGACACCUCGUACCCCAUGAUCAUGAACGAUGCCCUUGGGAGCUCGGUGGAGGACUUUCAAUUCCUUGCUUGCAGUGGCGACAGGACCGGGGGCAUUUACAAGCAGAUUGAGGAGCUGGAGGGAGAGUUAGACCUGGUGGUCAUGACUGCGGGAGGAAACGACUUAUGCCUGGAUGCCUGCACCGAUGUUAUCUCCAUCGCGCAAAACAACUUGGACAAAAUUCUCAAGGGGAAUCUUGAGCUGUUGCUUGACGCGCUAGAGGACAAGAUGAAUGACGACAGCGUUGUAGUUUUCAACGGCUACGCCCAGUUUUUCAACACGGAGAAUGAGGACUGCGCCGAUAACCAAGACUGGACAUUGUUUAACUUGCUGAACAAAGAUGCGCUUAAACUUACCGUCAAGCGCCGAAAGACGUUCAACGACUUGGUCGUCCAGAUCAACGACAUCAUCAAGGAGGUUGUGGAUGAUGCCAAGGACAAGUACAAGUACAAGAUAGGCUUCUCCAACUGGGACCUGUGGCCGAGAGAAGGGGUCGACGGUCAGUUCUGCGACCCAGCAUCGACGGGAGAAUACCCGGACCCGGACCAACCGGAGUUGCAAUUCUUCAAGCCCGACACCAGAAUCGAUCUCACGGGCGAGUUAAGAAAGCGAGACGGCACGCUCGAAAGGAUGUACAGCAAUGAGACGCUGUGGAACAUCGAGCGCGAGAAUCGCGACCGCUCGGCCAGGGUCAAAAGAAACAUCUACAACUCGCUCCUCAUGCACUCGCCCAACCCCCAAGCCGAAGCGCGCCACCUCCUCCAGAACCGCGCCGACAAACCUAGCCGUGCGAACUGCCCGGAUGACGAAGACGUCGAUAUCCAGCCCGCCAGCAUCGGCCUGCCCAACUCUAUCGCUAAGAACUUCCACCCCAACGAGCUCGGCCACUACACCAUCGCCUCCUGGGCGCUGCAGACCGUGAUCGACCUCCGCGCCGAGGUCCUCGACGUGCCCCCGCCCAGCUGCGAGCCUGUUGACAAGUUCACGUGCUGGCAAGACACCGAUUGGAAGGGUUACGCGAACGAGCCCUUCCUCAACGACCAGUAUGAGGACUUCUGUGACGACGUCGAGACCGGCGACGAAUUCGACGGGUGGACCUACGACGACACCUUCGCCGAGGACACCCCCGACGAGACGCAGUUCAAGGUGACGCUCGAAAAGGACGGUGCGGGCAGCGCCGAGUACAGCAAGGCGGAGUGCAAGGACAGCAUGUCGCGCAUUAUCAACGGGUGCGACGGGAACGACCCAGACAACCCGAUGGACUGGAAGUUUGGCGGUGAGUGGAAGCGCGGCCGGUUCACGUACCAGGUCAACCCGCAGCGGGAGAAUCGGCCGUGGCCGCCGCCGAAGGAGACCUCGGGCAAUUGCAAGGGGUGGUACCACGGUGUCUGGAGCAGCUAUGUGAUCAAAGGCCAGGGGUGGGCGACCAAUGACUGGGGCCAGGAUACCCUGGAGCCCGCGGCAAGCGACUGUAUUGGCGGUGGCCUGACGCUGUGGCGGUUCAAGUACUUUGAUGAGCCUGAUGAAGAUGGGAUGGAGUGGCAGGCUGACUUUAACACGCCCAUUUGGGUGCGCUCUCGGUGCUUCAAGAACAACAAGGCGGUUAAGGAGGCUGGUGGGUACACGGAUGGUUGUGGCGGCAAUGAUUAA